AGAGUCUGAUUGUCUUUAAGAUGUUAUUUCUGUGUAUAAAUGUCGCCAAGGUGAAUGCAAGAGGAGUUUGCCAUUAUUUUAGCACUAAGGAGACAGAUUGGAGUACAGCCCUACAAAUAUGUCAAGAAAAUGGACUAUGUCUGGCCGACUUGAAUAAAAAGGAGCACUUCAGUAUAUUGACUUGGCACUUGCAGGGUGGCGACCGAACUGAAUAUUGGUUUGGCUUAAACCACUUUCUAAGCAAUUCAUUGAAGUAUGUGGGAAAUAAUUUGCCGGUUCGUUUCAUUCCUGAAAGUGGAAAUACAGACACUGAUGGAAACAGGCAAUGUGGUUACAUAAAGCCAGUGACAGACUCCUUUACUAUUGCCAUGGCUGAUUGUUCCGAAAAGAAACGUUUUAUAUGCGCGGAAUCCAUUGCUUGCAACUCGAUUCAUACAAAUAGCACCUACUCAUCUGGAUAUUUUGUUUGGCCCAGCUGCAACUGGGGAGAAUAGAUAGGUGAACUAUUAUACUUGCAGUAACACCAGUUCUAUUUGGAUGUUAUUGCCAAGAAAAAACUUUGCAUUUUUUCCAUGUUUUCUUCGAGGCUUUCUACCCAUAAAUAUAAUAACAUAUUUUGUCGUUGA